UGCACAAAUCUGAGGAUCUUUUAAAGGCGUCCGUCAUGAAUCCUAUGUGGAAAGUCUAUAAGAGUAAGGUCAUGAAGACUCUCAACCCGGACAUGGAGGAAGACACGGUGGAAGAGGUCCCUGAUGUGGCUGAAGAUAUGACGCCUGUCCAGUCUGAUGAAGGACCCAGUGCAAUGACACAGCUGGCCAAGAGAAUGCAGGGAGCCGGAGCUAAAGGUUGGAAAAGUGUUUCAACUCUGUUCACCAAGGAGGAUGAACACCAGCUUCUGGAGGCAGACAACCAGCCGGCAGCUGAUCAUCCACUGGCAGUGAAGCCCGAAGAGCCUCCACAACCCAACAAGCGCAGCACUGGAUUCUGGGAUAGCUUUGCGACUAAGUGGCACCAAGAAGCUGCAAUGAGGCAAGCGGAGGCAGGAGGCGACGGCGGUCAGGAGGUGGGCAAUGAAAUCGGGGCGAGAGCAGAAGACGGUGACAACCAGGCCGAGGCGGGCGACAGCGGCACGGGAAAUAGCUUCUCCAAGUAUGCCACACUGGGAGAAGGGAGUGACGACAAACCGGCCUUCAAGUGGAACUUUGUCACCAGCAAACUAGCUGAGCUGAAGACCAAAAGCAUGGCCAAGAGUAACUAGCCAACAGAGAGAGCAGGUGAUCUCAGUUCAGACCACAGGGGCCACAGUGCUUCUCAUCAGCCUUAUCACUCAGAUGUACAGCGAUCGCAUUUCACCAAACCCAUUUAAAAGCAUUGAGCGUGACCCACACUGUGGCCUUUGUGGGCCUGGACUGCUUGGCAUUCAUGUGGGAGCUGCUGGUGAUGAGAAACGUCUGUUCAUUACUGAAUCAUUAUCUGUGCAAUUCCAUUUGGUGCAGAAGAAAUUGCACAUUUCGUAUAUGCACUAAAAAAUAUCAAUGAAUUAGAUAAAAGUUUUAAUACAUCUUGAGAAAAAAAAAGUUAUAGGCCAUGAAUAUGUUAAUACGGUAACUAUAAUAUAAAUUUAGAUAUAAUAUAAAGUGAAGUUUAUUUAAAAAUACCAACUAUUUUCUUUUCGUCUUGAAAAAUAGUUUCCUUACAAUGAAAGUAUACCACCUAGAAACUUUAAUGAUAAAAUACUAAAUUAUCAAAUGAAUGUGGAUCAGCAGGAAUUACACAGUUGACUUUAAAAAA